AGUGAGACAAAGCCCAAAAUGAAAAAGGAGGAGAAGCAAGAAGAGAAGGAAGCGGAGAGUAAGAGAGAGACUCACCAAUCCCCUUAUAUAUCAGAGAUGAAGCCGGUGACCGGAGGUGCCUACGGAGGCGGAAUGUACGGAACAGAGGCGGCUGCGGCCGAACAACCUCAGAAGCCGGCAAUGCCACCUGCCAGCGACACACAUGCAGAUGGGCCGCUUGACCCCACAACCCAACCUAAGCAUAAGCCUCCACCUUCUUCCGGUGAUCGAGACAUCGAUAUCACUGGCGAAUCUUACAUCCAGUAACUCAUAUCCAUCAUCUCCCUCUCUCCCCAUCUCAUCACUGUGACAUGUGCAGUAGUCUUUUCUUUGUUAUUUUAUUUUUUUUUUCUUUUUGUUUUUUUUGGUAUUUACGGUUGCAUCUAAUUCUGCAUCUAUCUUGGUUUUUUAUUUUUGUGAAGAACUGAAUGUAUUUUUUUCUUUUCUUUUCUUUAUAUAUAUUUUUUUAAUAAAAAAAUGUGUUUUCUUGGGUGAUAUGAGUAUUUAUAUUAUAUAUUACCCUUGUGAACCUAAGUUGUGAUGCUUAACCGUUGCCUUAAGCAAGCCAUUAAUUAGGAAACAUACUAUCUGAAAUAUUCGAGGAUAGGGAAAGUUGUUAAUUAACGUAUUAUCUGGUAAGAUUGAGAUAUAAG